AUGUCCCAACAACAUGAAAGCGAUCAAAUUUUAGAGGGUGUGGUGGUGGAUAAGUUCGACAGAAUCUUGUUUUUAAAUGAUGUCCAAAUUUCCAACUCUGUGGGAAAAAAUGAACAAUUCCUUGUGCUUCACCCCCAACAAAUUACACAAUGGAUUGAACAUAUAAAACAGACUGGUGGUGAUAUUCAUCCUAGUCUAUUAUAUCAAGCGAAUACAUUCCAAACGGUCCAGAACUAUUGGGCUCUAAUAGAAGCUUGCACUGAUGGUGACGCUGCUGAAACGCAUUUCACGGCGGCAAUGGAGAUUGCUGCUUAUUCCAUCAAAGACACAUUUUCUUUCUUUGAUAAAUACUUCCAAUCGAGGUUUGGAUCGUCGAUAGAAGAACACUCGUUUCGUCAUGAGGAUCAGGAGGCGGUGCGUCAUUGGUAUAUGAAACUUCUUUGUAUUCCUCAUUUGAGAAUUGAUGAUACAUGGUCAAGUUAUAGUGCUGCGGUGAGUGACUUCAGUAACGGUGAUUACCAUACCAGUGUUGAAAUGAUGAAAGAGGGAAGCAAAUUCUACAAUCUGAGUAAAAGUAUAGUUGCCGAAUGUGAAAUCUAUGAAGUGAGACUUGCAGAGAAUAAGGACUCGUAUAAUGGCUGGCUAGAGUAUCUCAAGCACUUGAGGAGAUUGUACCAUAAGGCGAAGGCAACAGAUGGAAAGCUUUUGAUUUUAAAAAUCAUUGUUUCUAUUUUUGAACGGUCUUUGGGUAGUGAUCUUGGAAAAAUUGAUGAGUUUCUCAUUUUUUGGAUCGAGUUUAUCAAGAUCUUAAAAAGUCUAGCUACCGGUAAAGUACCAAUGAUAGUCCAACAAUUGAUCAAUUCCCAAAUCCAUGAGGUAUAUUUACCAAAGUUGACAAAAUAUUACGAAGACCUGUACCUUUCCUGGGCCACAUACCUCAAAUAUCAAGGUCCUCGAUUAGUCAGUUCGACAUUUUUCGAUUAUGUUAGAACCCAUUUACUUAAAGUUGCGGCAUCUUUAGAAGAUUUCCUGCAAUGGAAUGAAUUGAUUUGCCAGAUUCUAAUUUUUGAGCUCAAGGGUACAAGCGUCGACUUGGAUUAUUAUAUGGAGAAAAUCUAUGAAGAUUGUGCCCAAUUUAUGGAGGUUGCAUUGAUAAAUAGGGAUCCAGCGUUAACCGUCGAAAGACUAACUCUUGAAGUAUACAUUAAGUUAGAAGAUAUUGAGGAAGCAAGAUCUGUCACUGAAAAAAUCAUUUCUGCAAGUCCUGACAGACAUUGGGCUUGGUUGACAUGUAUUGAUUUUGAGAAACGGUUUGGAAAUCACGAAACUAUAUCGAAACUUUAUCACACUGCGAGUAAAGCGGUUUUGCAAUUAGAAUGGCCUGAGCCAAUCUUGAAUGAAUGGUUGAUUUAUGAGCAAAUGUACGGUACUGCAGAGUCAUACAGUUUUGCAGAACGUCAAAGACAAUAUGCUUUAGAAUCCCUUUGGGAGGCCAGAUCAGCGGAAAUUGCGGAACCAACCGAGGAUGUAGAGGAGAUAUUGUCUAAUAAGAGAAAUAUUGAAAAAGAUGAAGAAGAAAUUGAGUCGCCUAAAAAGCUCAAAAAAAUGAAAGUGGAAAAUUCUAGAGACAGAGAACAUCUUAAAAUAAAAGUCACUAAUUUGCCAUCUAAUAUAAACGAACAAGAGUUGGAAGCUUUCUUCGUGGAAUGCGGUGCCAUACGGGAUAUUAAAUUGCUAAACAAUCAAGCAAUCAUUGAAUUUUCUAGUGAGCUGGGAGUUUUAGCAUCGUUAACCAAAACCUACAAGAAAAUCAGAGAUUCUGAGAUUCGAGUGGAUAGAGUUAUCAAUAAUACAGUGUUUGUUACCAAUUUUUCUCCUCUGGAAACUGAGGAGACUCUUAAACUACAAUUUGAACAAGCUGGUACAGUUAUAUCUAUUCGGUUCCCAUCAUUGAAAUAUAAUGUUGAUAGAAGAUUCUGUUAUAUUGAAUUCGCAACCCUGAAGGAGGCGUUAGCCGCGGUGGAAAAAUUGGAUCAUAAACAGCUUAGAAAUGAGUUUCCUCAUCCAUUAACCGUGAAAAUCUCUAAUCCAAAAGAAAAGCAUCAUCGAUCGAAAACUGCAGCCGAGGAAGGUAGAGAAUUGUACCUCAACAACCUUGAUUUCUUCAAAGUUGAUGCUUCGCUAUUAGAGAAACUGUUUGGGGCGUAUGGGAAAAUUCAAAAAAUUCAUUUACCUUUAAGUCAUAAAAGUGUGUCUAAUGGUAGAAAGAAUGAUGGGUUUGGGUUUAUAACGUUUGAAACUGCUGAUGAAGCAACACGGGCAUUAGAAAUGGAUAUGGCCAUGGAUUUUGGGAACCGGCCAAUCCUGGUUUCUGUGUCUGAUCCGACAAAACAGGGAGCUAAAAAGAAAAUCAAAAAGGUUAUCGAGAAUUUUGAUACUGAUCAGAAAGUCACUGGCGAUAUCUCAAACAGAAUCAUUAGCCUUUUGGACUUGCCAGACACCGUCAAUGUGAAUCAAUUAGUCGAAUAUGUUUCAGAGAAAAUUGGCCCUGUUAAUAAGGUUGAUUUGCGAAGCAUCGAUAGUGUGGCACUCGUCGAAUUUAAAAAAGUAGAGGAUGCAGGAAAAGCUGGGCUUGUAUUGAAUGGUGAAACGUUACAAGGAAAGAUGAUAAGGGUGGGAACAAGACAGGAUUUUGACAGAUUGAAAACCGCCAAAAAGCCAGUGAAAAAUAAGAUGAUGGUUCCUACAAAUGUCAUUAGAAGAAAGAGAAGAUGA